GGCACACAGGUGAACACCUCGAGUCAUGACCUGCCAGGCCUUCAGCGGCGCCGGCGAUUCCUUCAGUGCGCUGAGCGGGGACCCGGCCGCUCUGCCUCUGCUCAUGCACCAUCACGGAGGAGCCGCCGACUGCCUGCCCGUCACCAGCCACACCGCCAGCAUGGUGCCUUCAGCGUUGCUCCCCGCAGGUCUGCCGCUGGUCCAGUCGUCCAAACGCUCUCACAUGCACCUGUCCACUUCCGCUUUGGGCAACGCCUCGGCCAGCCUGCACUACCCGAUGCCCCCCUGUCACUAUAGCAACCAGCAGACCACCUACGGCAUGAUGACAGCACAGGAAAUGCUCUCAGCCAGCAUCUCCCAGACCCGCAUCCUGCAGACCUGCAGCGUGCCUCACGCCAACAUGGUCAACGGAGCCAACUCGCUGCAAGGAGCUCUGGCUCCUCGCCUCUAUAAGUUCCCAGAGCACAGUUUGGCUGGGGGCUCCUGUGCUCUGACCCACAGCUUACCUCCGCUGCCCCAGGCCCUGCUCUCGGACGAGCACACCCUGGGGGACAUCAAGCAGGAGCUGCGCAGGAAGAGCCGGCCCCUGGAGGAGCCGCCCGACAUGGACUCCCCUCAGAUCCGUGAACUGGAGAAGUUUGCUAACGACUUCAAACUGAGGAGGAUCAAGCUAGGUUACACACAGACCAAUGUGGGUGAAGCCCUGGCGGCCGUGCACGGCUCUGAAUUCAGCCAAACCACCAUCUGCCGCUUCGAGAACUUGCAGCUCAGCUUCAAAAACGCCUGCAAGCUCAAAGCCAUCCUGGCAAAGUGGCUGGAGGAGGCUGAGCAAGCCGGUGCUCUUUUUAAUGAGAAGAUGGGCAUGCACGAGCGUAAACGCAAACGGAGAACAACCAUCAGUCUUGGGGCUAAGGAAGCCUUAGAAAGGAAUUUUGUGGAGAAGAGUAAGCCGUCAUCUCAGGAGAUCGUGCGGAUGGCGGAGGGCCUCCAUCUGGAGAAGGAGGUGGUGCGUGUUUGGUUCUGUAACCGGCGGCAGAGGGAGAAGAGGGUCAAAACCAGCCUACACCACAGCUCCUUCAUGGCCAAAGAGACCGUGGCCUGUAGACCCUGAAGGUCCAGGGCCUCAGAGACGCUGAUGCGCGAUUAUCUACAGGCAAAAAAACCAGCAGCAGCCUUCGGCGGUGAGUGGGUUUAUUGUACCGAUUCACCAGCAGGACGACUGGAUAUGCCGUGACCUCGGAAAAAGUAUUUGAACACACUUAAAAAUAUCUCACCACCAAUUUGUACGCUUUUUAUGAGGUGGUUAAUUCGUACGACCUCACUCCCACGAUUUUGUACGAUUUGUCUAGACGGGUAGGUUUAGGGGCGGGGUUAGGCGUAGGUCGUUCGUACAAAUUCAUACGAUUUAGCACAAAUGGUAUAACAUGCACGAUUUAGCACAAAUCGAUAGAAUUCGAGUGAGGAUUAGCCGCCUCGUAAAAGAUAUACGAAUUGCUGUGAGAUCAGUAUCAAAAAAUCGAACUGAGUGACACGUUUGAAAGAGGUCUCGUAUUUAAAAGAUGUAUGAAGUCAGUUCUUCUCAGGUUCACGCAGGAGUCCUAAUAAUGUCACAGUAUGAAUGGGUUAAGAUAAAUGCCAGUCGGUUUGAUAUUGUGUCAUGGAAUGGCCUUCAUAGAUUAUAGGGGGUGCUUUUAGUGUCACACAAAUGUUAUUAUUUUAUUUUGUUAAUUUUUAUUAUUUUUUUACUUUAAUAUUAAAUUAAAGGUUAUAUGAUUCAGCGACAUUUAUAAUUAGUGUCCAAAUUCUAUUUAAUUUCUUUAAUAAAUAAAGCAAUUUAAGCAACCUUUUCACUGGAAAUUACACUCGAGCUAUUAAAUCUCGAUACUUUUUUUUUUAAUAUUUAAAAUAAUUUAUUCAUCAUUAAUAUAUUUAAAUGCAUUCCAAUCAAAGUUUAAUAUAUUAGCGAAAUGUUCUGAAAGCAUAUCCUGGAAAUGUGUCAUUGCACUGUAGAGUUUUGUACGAAGCAAGCGAACC